UCCUCGGCGCGCACGGUUUCGGAGCGGGUGUUUCUCUGGUCGUGGAAAUAGAAUCGGCGAUUUGAAUGGAAGUCCUUCGAGGGACAAGAAUUGUGUGAUCGGCGUAUCGAGUGGACGCGUCGGACAAAGAUCGGGUGACGCGAUAUCGUGCUGAAAGCGGAAAAAUCGAAAGGCUGAGUUGUGUGCGGGUGAUAUUAUACGAUAUCGAGACCUCGACGUGUAAUUAACUUACAAAGGGUGUGCAACGAGAAUCGCAAGGGAACUGCGACUGACAUAAAUUUCGUUAUUGUGCCCGGAAAACGUUGAUUGUUUCUCACGCAGAGGGAAUCGGGACCAAUUGGAAUGUAAUUGCGAAUACUCGAAUUAAUCUCGGCGUAAGAAUAUUACGAGAGAGUUCGUUAUCCUUUCCCUGCUUUGAUUUCAGUCCUUUGAUUUAAUCGGGACGGUACAUCGAUUCGUCGAAGGUCCACAUCGAUCAUGUAGUCGCGAGGCGGCGUCUCAACGGCGAGAAACUAAAUCAGACGUCGCGCGUGCGAGUGUGUUUCGGAAUUAAGUGGUGCGAGGGGAACGACAUUUUCCAGUCGGUGAUUUUUAAUUAUUUCGGAACCUUCAGUGCGUCCACAGUUGUGUAAUGUGAACACACGAACAAAUAACUCCGACUUUGUUCGCGGAUUUGUCACGGCGAAAUGAAGGACCUCGAGCAUCUCUACCAGACUAAGAGCAGUUAGAUCGACUUAUAACGGCCUCAUCUACCGCAGCCUCUUUCGACAUCAUUAUGACAAAGCAACCGUGUCGAUUUUUGUGUCAAGAAGCGCGAUGACUGCCAGAAAUUCUUGGAGACAACGGCGUCCAGUUGAAGGAAGAUGAACGAGAUGGAGCAGAUUCCUGAGGGUUGAGAUCACGUGGAUCCUCGAGAUGACCGGUUGGAGAAUGCAGCCGACCGCCUCGGUGCUCGGCGUCAUCGCCAUUGUCUCCGUCAUGAUUACUGUCACAGCAUCAGAAGCGGAGAACGGCGCCAUCGAGCGUGGCAUUAAUCAUCUCGACGAGGAAGAUCAGCGCGUCGACGAGAGAAUCGCGAAGAAUCGCACUGUCGAAAGCGCUGGCUGGUCUCGCGGCAACGACAGCACAACAGCCCUCGAGGAAGUCAUUUCCGCUUUCACGGUUGAGUACCCGGCCUCAACCUCGACAAAGGAUUCGCCCUCGCUCGUUACCGCGGUGGAUCCGCGCUUCGAGAACGCGUCGAAGAAAUACGCGGACGAUCAGAUGAUAUUCGCCUCGAAGAGAAUCGAGGAACAGGCGGAAGAGGCUCUGGCGAAGAAGCCGGAGGACCACGAGGACGUACGAGGGACGAACGAGUCCGCGAUAGAAAAGUCGAAGGACGACUGGCCGACGGUGGUAUCGGUGGAGAAGGAGGAAGAUGUUACGGAAGCGAGAUACGGCGAGCGGAGAAACGUGCAAGAUAUCAGGGCAAUCUCGUUCCAAGUGCCGCCGCCGCCAGAUGAGAAGGAGGAGGACUAUCAGGACAGCCGACAGCAGGGCAAGACCGGCGUCGGUCACACGGACGAGACGAGGAAGCUCGUCGAGACCAGGAAAAAUCAGUCCAGAUCGGCGAAUAACUUGCUGCUGCCCGGCAAGUCGACGAAGGCCUUCUACGAGAUUAAACCGUCGAUCAGGACCUUCGAAACGCAACGCGGGCGUGAUCAUCAGUUCCAGAUAACCACUCACAGGACGUUGCUGGGCAAGAAGUUCGUCUUGCCCAGCGUCGAUAGCGCUUUCGGAAAAUUCGGUCCAUAUUUCGAGGACGGCGACCGGGAGAUAAACGUUACCGCGAGAAUCGGCAGUACUGUUUUGUUGGACUGCAAAAUCGGCAUGCUAGGCGAUAAAGAGGUAACGUGGGUGCAGCAUAAUAAGGAGUCCUUUCAUCUGUUGACAGUAGGCAGAAUACCGUACAGUAACGACCAAAGAAUCAGUCUUAAUUUUCGAUAUCCCAGCAAUUGGAGACUGCAGAUAUUAUACGCAAAUCCGCGCGACUCGGGGUUGUAUCAGUGCCAAGUCGCCACGCAUCCGCCGCUGGUUAAGAAAAUCAAUGUCGUUAUUACGGCACCAACACUGACGAUCAGCGACGAUUCCGGACGUAUAGUUUCCAAGGAAAGACAUCUGAAAGCAGGCAGUGUCCUCAGGCUCAGGUGUGAGGCGAGAGACGUGCUCGAGUCGCUCAACGAGUCCGUCGUUUGGACUAGAGGAGACGAGACGCUUACAGAGGACAUUAGCGAGAACAGAACGACAGAGAUCUCAGCGGGCAAGGAGGUCCUUGUGAUCGUCAGUACUCUCAUCGUGGAGAGAGCCAGCCCCAGGCACGCAGGGAACUAUAGCUGCUUGGUGCCCGGCAAAGCCAAGACCACCGUCGCGGUCCACGUUCUCAACGGUGAACUGCCAGCCGCUGUGCACGACGGGAACGGAGUUUCGAGAGCGUUCCUUAAUCUUUGGUUGGUUCACCUGACGAUGAGCUAUGUCUUCACCAGAUGACAGUAUUAAGAUUACUCCAAUAACUUCUGGAUUUUCAAUUCGGAUGCAUUCGCAGGUCAUAGCACGUCGCGGUAUGCGUGGACAGGCCAGGUGCAACGAUGCAGCUUGGUGUGCAAUGGUUGUACAUUCUCCACUGUGUUUACGCAUCAUCUCUUUGAUUGGUGAUUAGCCGCAGUGCACGUAAAAGCGUGAUUCAAACUUGUUUUGAUAAUAUCGAGCAGUAGUCGUACGGUUUUUCGCGUCGCAACGUUAGUGGUGCAAAAUAUUUUACGCGUGAACGUAAUUUCGAAGAGCUUGAAAAUUGAAAACUCGUAGUGACGAUUUUCCGACGUGAAUUGAAACAACAGAUGAAAAUUAAGACAGACGCUCUCAAGGAUCUCACGGGAAGAGAUAGCGGACGGAAGAUUCUUCAUCGAGACAAAAAUUUAAUAAAGUGGGCCACUAGUGUACAGAUUAUUAAUUUACUUUCGUGUCGAAAUAAAUCGAGGAAAACUCUUUGCGAAGACUUCAACGUCCUUUGCUCAUUGCCGUCUGAUGGUGAAGAAUAUCCGCGUGUCGAUAAGACGAGACGUUUGCUGUGACGGUGAAGCCAAUGGCACACCAUACGCUCCUUCAGAACCUUUAUUUACAAGAAGAAUUGCUCUUUUGUCGAAGUAAAUUUCAUUCCCUCGAAAGCUAUGACGUCAUAACGGUGAGGUGAAUUCUUUACAAUAUUCUAAAUGCGGAGUGCAUAGCCAAUAUUGUAAAAAAUUUAACAAUGGUAAUUCAUAGUUUAUUGUAAGUCGACUUUAUUGCGAAGUACAAUAUGUUAUACAUGUAUCUCUAACAAAUUAUGUGUGGUACAUAAACUUUCUUAAAUAAUAUGAAUUUUUUUUAUAUUUCCA